UUCGGCACAACAUCAUGGGCCGAAGGUUCGAUUUUCUAAUUAAGGAUAAACCAUGAAUGCUUGCCUAGCCAGUGAUGCCCACAUCCCAGAGAAGAGCAAGUUACAACGCUGUUUAUUGGCCGUAAUGUUCCUGUGGUCAUGGAAAGCGUCAGGAAAUGAGUUUUAAUUGUUGAUCUCUCUGAGGUUGCGUUAGAGGAACAGCUCCCCACAAAGUGAACUUUCAGAGGGCCUAUCUAGGGGAUGGAACCUUUCUCUGGAGCCGUGCUGCAGCGGAGCGGUUGCUAAGGCGCAGUCCGUUCCGGUGGCGAGCCGGAUGUGUGAGUGUUGCUAACAGGGAGAUGGCAAGUUUGGAUUCGGCGGCUGCUGGUGCCGAUAGAGGCCCCGGACCAGGCGAGAGCCGAGGCGCAGGGCCUGGGCCGGGGGAGAGCCGAGGGCCCGGGGAGGGCAAGGGUCAAGACAGUACCUUUGAGUGUAAUAUCUGUCUGGACACAGCGAAGGAUGCGGUGAUCAGUCUGUGUGGUCACUUGUUCUGCUGGCCCUGCUUGCACCAGUGGUUAGAGACCAGACCUAAUCGACAGGUUUGCCCUGUUUGCAAAGCAGGAAUUAGUCGAGACAAAGUAAUUCCCCUUUAUGGAAGAGGAAGCACAGGCCAGCAGGAUCCAAGAGAGAAAACUCCUCCAAGACCGCAAGGCCAGAGACCUGAGCCAGAGAGUAGAGGGGGUUUCCAAGGUUUUGGAUUUGGAGAUGGAGGAUUCCAGAUGUCAUUUGGGAUUGGUGCAUUUCCAUUUGGGAUUUUUGCGACAGCAUUUAACAUCAAUGAUGGCCGCCCACCUCCAGCAGUCCCUGGAACGCCACAGUACGUGGAUGAACAGUUUCUGUCUCGCCUUUUCCUCUUUGUGGCUCUUGUGAUUAUGUUCUGGCUCCUCAUUGCUUAAGGACAAACGGAAGUGAUUACUUUUCUAGGUCAUUGUGUGAUCUGAUGAGGCAGAUGAACUCUUCUGGGAAGUUAAAUCUUUCACCAAGGUUUUCUACCUUUCAAUUAAUUACAGAAAUCAUAUCUAACUGGGGCUGAAACCAUUCUUUGAAUUUACCAAUUGAAGAUGAAGAGAACAGCAUGUACGUGGAUCUAGUUAGAGUGGACUGGUACUGUUUGUUUAAAAGGUUCCAAUUCCUGGAUUGUAAUUCUAUGGUAAUAUCUGUGUUCUGUGCUUGUAUGUGAAAUAUUCAGGUGGUCUGCAUGCUGACUUCAAGCUGAGUUUCUCAUUAUCUAUCCUUACUCAAAUCACUGCUGCAUUGUCACUUUGGGAAUGGAAAGAAAAUUUGUUUCUUGGCUGGUAUACUAGUCCUUGAAGUGGAGGAUGUAAGCUGUGCUUGUCAGGUUUGUUAGGUAGAUUUGUCUUCAAGUCAGAAGAUUUAAAGUCCAAAUUCAACUCUACUUGAGUGCACAAUCUCAGCUGUUUGGCAGGACAGAGGCUCAGUUUUACAUUCAUCUGAAAUAAAAGAUCCUAUGGUCCUAUUUAAAGACCAGCAAGAGUUCUGCAUUUCCUGGUCAACCAAGCUGUUAAAAUCAGAUUAAGUGAUAAUAUAUUUCAUUGCAAUUUAUGGAAUCUUGCUGUGCUUAAAUUACAUUUUCCUACAUAACAAUUGUUUUAACUGUGAUUAGCUGUCAAGAGCAGUGACAUGAACUGAGGUUGGAGAUGACUGCAAGUUUCUACUCUUAAUUUUGCUAAGAGUAAAAAAAUUAGCGGUAAAGGGGUCAUCCUUCAUUUGUAGCCACUGAUAAAUUUCAGUCAGCAUAUCAAGUUAAGAUCAUUUUCUCACUCUGCCUAUCCCUUUUGGAGCAGAGCUUUGCAAUGGCACUCUUCCUUUUAACAGAGAUACUCAGUUUUUGACAAUUGGUAAAUAAAUCUGCAUGAAAUAUUGACCAGAUUCUCAGCUCAUUGCAUCAUAUCACACAGUGGGAUAGGUGUACUAGAACUUGGUCCUCCUCUAACCCUGACAUUUAGAUUGUCAUGUUCUGGAUUCACCUUAACAAUUCUUGUGCAUCUAUUUUUUAAGUUCACCUGUGACAGGCCUCUUCAUAGAGUUAGCAGGCUUCUGCACAUCUGCCAUGUCUACCAUUAGGAAAGAGGUGACAGCCAACAGAGACCUGCAGAAUUUACAGAAUUUAAAGUACAGCUGUAUUUAAAUAAAUAUUAAGGCUGGGACGUUCAGUGACCCAAGCCUUUUAUUUUCUCACUACAGUGAAAAAUUUGCUGGGACCAUCUGGGAGGUGGUGGUAAUGGAAAACUGUUUGUCAGUCAGGAGAUGAAAAUUGAAAAGCCUGGAUAAAAUGGGUUGAGGAAUAAAGCUGGGCUAAUGAUGACAGACAGGAACAGAUGAUGGCAUACAGAUUGGAUGAGGAGGAGCAGUUACAGACAAAAGGCUGCACCUGUCAUGCAGCUCACCCGAACAGUGGAAUUCCAGAAAAUUUAUAAUUCCAUUGUCUAAUAAUAUAGGGUUCAUUCUUGAACCAGGCUAAACCCAGUACUGAGGUGGACAAUAUCAGCUGCAUAUAGGCCUUCAUGUAGAAACAUGAAAAUGUAUUUUUAAUUUAAUAUCCUGUUUCCUACUUUGUAUCAAGUGUGAAAUAAAACUUGUGCAUCAAUCAAAUUGA